CCAAAGCAACACCCACAUUCCACCGCUCUCUCCCUUGCGCCUCAUCAACUCCUGGCCUGCUUAGCUCCUCAACUCUCUCUCUCUAGCUAGAUCUCUCUCUGUCACUCGGGAUCUUCUUCUUGUGCCAAAGUGCGAGCUGUUGUAUAGUUAUCGAUUUUAAGGGCUGGUACCGGUCCUUGUUAUUUUGUAAUACCAGGCUAGUGAUCAUAUAUAUCCUCUUUCAUUCUCUAGAAUUUCAAGGACGUGCAAGAAGAAGUUCCAAAAGGUGAUCAUCAAAUUAAUAUAUACAUACAUAUAUAUAUGGCUCCUGUUUCAUUGCCUCCUGGUUUCCGGUUCCACCCUACCGACGAGGAACUCGUUGCGUACUACCUCAAAAGAAAGAUUAAUGGCCGUGCGAUUGAAUUGGAGAUCAUCCCUGAAGUUGAUCUCUACAAAUGUGAACCAUGGGACUUGCCGGGGAAAUCAUUAUUACCCAGCAAAGAUCUCGAGUGGUAUUUCUUUAGUCCACGGGAUCGAAAGUACCCCAAUGGAUCAAGGACUAAUCGUGCAACUAAAGCUGGAUAUUGGAAGGCCACCGGGAAGGAUCGAAAAGUGAACUCUCAGACGCGUGCUGUGGGCAUGAAGAAAACCCUAGUUUACUAUCGAGGGAGAGCACCCCACGGUGCUCGAACAGGUUGGGUUAUGCAUGAAUAUCGUCUGGAUGAGAGAGAAUGCGAAACUCCUACAGGCUUGCAGGACGCGUAUGCGCUUUGUCGUAUUUUCAAGAAGAGUACAACAGGUCCAAAGAUAGGAGAGCAAUAUGCUAACAGAACUACCAAUCAACUAACUACCGACCACUCAUCAAGCAUUGAACUAUAUUCUGAGGGAAGAUGUGAUCAAGAUUUGGAGAGCCCGGAUUAUCCAAUGCAAUAUGAUUCUUUCUCUCCACACAUGCAAACUGGAUCAUCACAUGAGAUCAGUGGAACCAGAUCAGAUGGGAAAUGGAUGCAGUUCUUAUCCAAAGAUGCAUUUAACUUGACACCCCCGGCGCCAUUUCCAAAUUAUGGAACUCAUGUAGAUCCGUCAAAGGUCGAUAUAGCAUUAGAGUGCGCAAGGUUGCAGCAUCGAUUAUUUCCUCCUUUGGAGGUUAAGGACUUCCCUCAAGCUGAAUUCAGUGACUUUAGAAUGUCACAGUCGACACCCGUACGCGAAAGUAGUGAAACUGAUCUUUUGCAGGAAAUCCUUUCAGUAGCUCAGGCUUCUCAAGAACUGAUGAAUCAAUCCAACCUGUCGGUCCAAUGGGGUGAAGAUUAUGCCCCUGAUCAUGAUGAUUUCUCCUUUAUGAUUAACAAAGAAUAUCAUGCCCACAAUCCAGUUAGCGAUUUGAGAUAUGAGAGAUCAUAUAUCGACAAGUCCUGGGAAGAUUCAAGUACGAGGCCAAUACAGAUUGGAGAUCUGGAUGAAGAUUUUAAUUCGACAGAGAGGAUGGCAGCUGAGAACUUAAGAUGGGUGGGAAUGUCGAACAAAGAACUAGAGAAGAGUACUUUUAGGGAAGAACCCAAGAUUAUUCCAAUAGAAGACAUUUCAAGCUUCCGAAGAAGCGAGCUGGAGCGUGAGUUCCAAGCAGCUCAUGCAGGAGAAAGCGGGGAUAACAAAAGCUUUGGCGAAUUCAAUGACGUCACAGAGAUGAAUCAUCUCCCGCUUGAGUUCAUCAACGAUGAGCCAAAUGAUCACGAGAACUUCCUCGAUGAUGGAAACAUGGAUGAUUAUUCCAAUUCUCCAAGCUUCGAGGUGAUUGAGGAAGUUAAGGUUAAUCACGGAAUGUUCAUCUCAACUCGCCUGGUAGCCAAGACAUUCUUUCACCAAAUAGUGCCAUCGCAGACAGUUAAGAUCCACCUCAACCCUGUUAUGAAGAACAGCUUCUCAAGGGAGAAAGCAGAUGCACAAACAGGAUCUAAUAACAGAUCAGGUGCUUUCUUUAGGAAAUUCAAGGCAUUUGCAAGAGGAAAAUUCUCAGCAUUCACCAAAUCAGUAGAGCCAUAUAGAGAAAUAGCAAGUGCUAUCAUUUGCAUGGUCGCUCUUUCUAUGGUGCAGAUACACGACGUUGGAGGAUAUAAUAUGGAAGAAGAGAAGUUGAAUAUUAGUGGGAAAGGUUGGUUUAAGAAGAUGAUGAAGUGCAGGGCGGAAAGAGCAGCUGGAAUAUUAAUAAUGGAGGCCAAUGAAAGGAAAGAUGAUCAAGAUGAUCAGAUUGCAUUGGUGAUUAACGCAGAAGGUGGCCGGAAUAGUAGUUUUGGUGGUUUAUCCAAGAGUACGAGGAUUUUCCUCACCGUUUCUUUGGCUCUUUGUACCGUUUGGGCUAACCGCGUUUGAUUAAUUUCCUGAUUUUUAAUUAAUUACUUCAUUUAAUUCUAACGUUAGUUGCUAAUUUGGGAGGGCAUAACUCAGCCUAAUUCUCAGCAUCAUGGUAUAGAUCAUUACACAUGCAUGCAAAUGGGUCUCAUUAUACUUAUUGUACUUUAUAUUCA